AUGAACCGAAAGGAACGGCGUCUCCCCCGGCUUACAGCAGAGGAAUUAGCCAACCCCUGCACACGAAUCUCACUUGAUGGGGUUGAGGUGCAGCUGUGGCAAGUCGCGCACGUCUAUGGAAUCAGCCACGAUAUGCCCAGCCCAGAUCUGAGAGGUGGUGCUUCUUCCCAGGAUUUCCGGGCUUUGUACUCGACCACGACCCAGAAUGACAGAGGAAUCGCUUCCUCUAGUACUUCCACAGACACCCGUGCCAGCGAUGUCACAGAACAGCGUCUGUUGCCCAGUUUGCCGGUGCUGCCAUUGAACAUCCCUACAAGACGAGAAGCACAGCGUUCAAAACGACGAGGCGAUGGUCGACGAGGCGAUGGUCGACGAGACCAUGCUCGCCCUGACCCUGAUACGAACGAACUCCUCCGCCUCAUAGAUGACUUUGCAGACACAAGUUGGCCUACUGAAGUGCAGCUUGAAGAACCACGGAUUGAGACCACAGAACCAGCAGCGACAUCCAUCGGAAAUGCACCAAAGCUCAAAGGGGUGAUAUGGGUGGAUUGUUCCUUUCCUCCUCCCCCGUACCCUCCGCCCAAUAGGUCUUUACCCCCACUGCCGCCACAGCCGGCUAGGAACAGACAUUCCGGCCCGCAGCAGAGGCUGCGCUUGACCACGGGGCCAGUCGUGGCACCGGACACGGUACCGGCUACAGCACCCCGACUCCUGCCCCGAGCUGUUGAUAAGUCGCUAGAGUAUCCAGAGUCGGACCGUGAUGACGACGCAGGAUCAGAGCGAACCAUCACGCCAAGAGCCUCUCAGAAGCAACUUGUACCCACGGCACGACCACAGCCACGGCCACAGCCACGGCCACGAGAUGUGUCAAUGCCCAUCGGACAGGUGGCAUCCAAAUCGCCCGUGGUGGCCAGACCCGUGACAACCGCAAGAGCCGCAUCGGCUUCGAUUCUUCGGAAUCGAGGCGAAGAGAUUUAUCGUCCCCGCCGCCAGGAGUUUGGGUCGACUGAAACUCGGCCAAAGGCGGCAUCUCCGACCUUGCCGUAUCCGCUUCCCGACUUGUUGUUGAAUCCUCCGAGCUUCCUGCAGCAUCCUCCCGAUUUGUCCCAGCAGCCAUAUCUGAACCAACAGCCGGGUGCUACAGCGAGAGAAAGCCCGCAGCCGAAUAAAGCCAAGUCUUCGUCAAAUGUCGCGACUCCAGUGACUAGCCCGGUGGCGCCUACAUCAGAUGAUGAUGCAGCUGUCACAUCCCGCUGGAGCUCCGAUAGUGAGCAGGAGGCGGAGUCGAAGUUGAAGAAGCUGAAGAGAGCUCUCAGUUUCUCGAGAUUGCGGCCUCGAAAGCCCAGUCUGUUCCAGAAGCAGACAGGGAGCGAAGCAAACAAAUCGAUGGCUUCCAUUGGAGGAAAACACACUCCCGGCCCGUCGGGAUCCCGCAGAGGCAGCAAGACUGGUAACUGA